ACUUGGAGUCGUCCGGCUCGUCUUCACACCAGGCGAGCGACUUACCAGUGGUCGGUCAACGUGGUAUGGCCGAGCUGCCCGAGGGGGCGGCCCCUCCCGAGGAUCAGCAGACUUGGAGAGCUUACUACGAGCACCCUUUGACGGCAGCCACCACCGCGAUGUUGAACAUUGGAGGCGGCGCCGAGGAUCAGUCCACCACGAUGGGGUUGAUCUACGAGUACUACAAGCUGCCCCCGCUGCCCGCCGACUCCAAGGACAAACUGGCGGACAUCUGGCCGGCAAGUUCCCAGGCCGGCGGCAUCCUAACGUCCCAACUGAAGGCGACCAAUGGAUUGGUGAGUGGGGCGGCGCUAGAGCUCCCGACCCCGCCCCUGAGCAGUGCCGGUCAACUGAGUUCGCAAGACUUGCAAGGCUUAUUUAUUAACCAACAUGGGUAUGCGCAGCCCGCGGCUAGCGGCCAGAAUCUGCAGAUUGUCAAACGCGAGCCCGAGGACCUGAGCCACCACCGCAAGUUGGACUGUAGCUCGCCGAGUUCAGGGAGCCUCGACGGGUCCAUCAUCAUCCCCAAGCAGUCACGAGCAAAGGUCGUGCUGGUGUCCAGCCAACCCGGAGACUUGGUGGUGGACGUCAACUCGAUCAAGGACGAGAGCCACCGCGGUCUCCACUCCCCGCAGCACGGCUCUCGUUCGAUAAACGGAACCCCCACGUCAACGCACAGCAGCCUCCUGGCGGACGGCUCGAACACGGGUCCCAUCGAAUUCAUCUCUGCGGAUGGCCUCAAACCAGCGAUGUACACCACGCAGAUAUUCGCCUCCAUGAGCAACGCACCCCACAGCGGCAGCGGUACGCCGUCCCCCAUACCCUACUCGGACCACGUACAGUACACCCAGAGCUCGAUGGGGGGCGGCGUCGGCAACUCGGCCGUAUACUCUUCCACGGGCCGGCCCAGCAGCUCGACAGCAUUCUCGGUGGCAGACCCCUACUACCGCGAGUACUUCACCACCGUGGCCUCUGGGGGUGGCACGCCGGAGCCGGUGUACACCGGCCAGCUGCGCCAGAGCCAGCUGGGCUACGAGGAGGCCAGCGGCGGCGCAACGGCCAGCUUCGUCGAGCGGUACGUGCGCCAGUCGUAUCACGGCAAGGGCGUCAUCGCCGCCGCCACGGCGGCCGGCCUCACCGUCGACCUCCCUAGCCCCGACAGCGGCAUCGGCGCCGACGCCAUCACGCCACGCGACCAGAAUACGCUGCAGCAGUCCUUCGACUACACCGAACUGUGUCAAACCAACACCCUUCUGGAUCCGCUGUCCCUUCCGCAGAGGAGCAACAGCAGUUCCCAAAGUCCCGGAAGCCAGCCCACCAGCCGGAGUCGACCUUGGCACGAUUUCGGCCGUCAGAAUGACGCGGACAAGAUACAAAUCCCCAAAAUAUUUUCCCCUGUCGGCUUCAAAUAUCACCUUGAGACGCCUAUAUCCACGUCUCAAAGACGGGAGGAUGACAGGAUUACGUACAUAAACAAAGGACAAUUUUAUGGAAUCACGUUAGAAUAUAUACCAGACCCUGACAAACAACUCAAAUCCCAGACUGUAAAAAGCAUUGUUAUGUUGAUGUUUAGAGAAGAAAAAAGUCCAGAAGAUGAAAUCAAAGCUUGGCAAUUUUGGCACGGAAGGCAACAUUCUGUCAAACAGAGAAUCCUAGACGCAGAUACGAAAAACAGUGUGGGUCUAGUUGGAUGUAUAGAAGAAGUAGCCCACAAUGCCAUAGCUAUCUACUGGAAUCCAAUGGAAAGCCCUGCAAAAAUUAAUAUAGCUGUCCAGUGUUUGAGUACAGACUUUAGCAGUCAAAAAGGCGUUAAAGGUUUACCACUACAUUUGCAAAUAGACACUUAUGAAGAUCCUAGGGAUACCAAUGUGUUUCACAGGGGUUACUGCCAAAUCAAGGUGUUUUGUGAUAAGGGAGCUGAGCGGAAAACAAGGGACGAGGAACGACGAGCUGCCAAACGCAAGAUGACUGCGACUGGUAGAAAAAAAUUAGAUGAGUUAUACCACCCCAUGUGUGAACGAUCGGAAUUCUAUACAAUGAGCGACAUAACCAAACCUCCCGUACUGUUCUCUCCAGCAGAGGAUAUCGACAAAUUUUUCCCACAGUUGACUUCCAUGGAACUCCAGGGCUUCUACUCUCAUGAGGAUGGAUCAUUGAGUGGACCUGUGGAUCAUGUAAAAACAUCUCCUUUCUUACUCCACACAGCUUCAAAACCUCCUACAACACCGACUUUAAAAUUUCAUAACCACUUUCCUCCAGAUGCGGACAAGAAAGAUGCUAGUAUAUUAGAUGGUAGCUUGUCAGCUGACGGUAGUGUAUUUUCACCACCUUUAAAAAGGGCUAAGUUGAUAAGUGGGGGACCGGGAAGUGCUGGACCUCCACCAUUAAAUGAAAGGGUUAUGUUGUAUGUCCGCCAAGAAAAUGAAGAUGUUUACACACCUCUACACGUUGUACCUCCUACCACAGCUGGCCUUUUGAAUGCGAUUGAGAAUAAGUACAAAAUUAGCGCUACGAGCAUAAAUAAUUUGUAUCGCAAAAACAAAAAAGGCAUUAUAGCCAAAAUUGACGAUGAUAUGGUAGCUUACUACUGUAAUGAAGAUUUGUUUUUGUUGGAACUGAAGCAACUGGAUGAGGACCUCUUCGAUAUAACAUUUGUGGAACUUAUGGACCACUAAAAACCGCCAUUGAUAUUAUCUUUACGUACUUAUCAUUUAUCAUUUUUGUUGUGAUUUGUUUUUUUAUACGAUGUAAUUUUAAGAGCGAUGUUAAUUAGAACUUUAUUGAUUGUUUAUAGUAUCUAGCAUGUUGAUUUUACUUGGAUUUUUUUACACUCAUUUAUAAUCAAACAUAAGUUAUUGUUAGUAUUGUUUUUUUAUGUUUAUUAGAUAUAUGAUCGCAUUUAUAUUUGUAAAAUAUUGAGGUGAUCCAAUAACAUUCAGUGUAACUCUAAUGUUAUAAAUUUUUAUAUACAUGGUGGCAAUGUUUUGUUUCUAAAAAUUUUAGAUGUUUUUAUUACGAAUUACUAUUAGGGUUAACAUCGUUUUAUGACAUUACAUGGUCGCCGUUGAUCUCAAAAUUGAAGUGUGUAGAUGAUCUGACACAUUGUGUACAGAACCACUAGUUCUUGCAUCUAGGGGGUGGGAUUAAGGGAAAUCACUGUAAAUAGCUUUAGAUAUUAUAUGACUUGUAUAUAGUGACCAGCCAUGACUUAGAUAUGCACACCCUAAGUGUGUUGUGAUAAGGAGUACUCAAAAACUAUUUUAUUGAAGAAUGUAGCACAAAGGUAACAAUACAGUCAUUUUGAUAUUUUUUAAAUUUAGCAUCUCAGCAAUUAUCGUUUUGUUGUUUAAUGUUUGCCAGAACGUUUUUUUAUUUUGGAUUUUAAAUUUAUUUAGUAGAUGUAUAAUUUGAAUCUGAAAUGACUGUUGUAAUGCAUUGACCGCUUGAAGUCUGAAUAAUUUUAUAAAGUUGUUAUAUAACGGUAUGUUUUUGAGUGGUUGAUGUUCUCAACACAUCAUAAUUUUAUCAUAUGUAACUUUCAAUAUAUUGCGAGUGUAUUGCUACCAGUCUCGCAAAAAAUUUAAUCGUACCUGACUUAUGCUUUAUGAAUAAUACUUAUAUAUUUUUGGAACAGCCAUUUUCUAAAAAUGGUGAAAUUAAAAUCAAAAUACUUUUGAGGUACAAUUCUUCAACACACGUUAUAGGAUUUUCUGUUGUUAUAGAAAAUUCUACAUGGUACUGAUCUGACUAAAGAUGUCUUGUACAUUUUUCAAGUAAUUUAUUGUAUAUGUUUGACGGGUACACCGUUAUACAUGUUUUCAAUGAUAUUAGAGUAGUUGUUAGAUUAAUAAGAUGGCUCUCUGUAUCCAAACUUAGAGACAAUUAAGAAAAAUACUAUACCCAACGACUUAUCUUCAUUGGCCACCAUUUCCUUAUGUUGUUAUGGUAGUGACUCGAUGAUUAUAUUCGCAAUAUUAUUUAAGAUUUUUUUAUAAAUGUAUGUCUUGAUUUUAUAAAUAAAAUUAUAUAUGUAUUUGU